AUGUCCAGCGCCUUCGUCUCCAAAUCGCGCCGCGUGCGCUUCGAAGUCACCCUCCGCAUCGUCGACCUGAACAACGUGCCCCUCGUCUCCGGCACCUCGCUCGUAAAAUGGCACCUCCCCGCCUCCACGGCCGCCGAACACCGCGGGCGCACGAACAAGUGCCCGAUCAAAGACCACCGCGUGCAGUAUGACUACGAGAAAACUACACAAGUGCGUCUGACGGUCGGCAAAGGCGGGAUGCUGCACGAAUGCAGCGUGCACUUCGAGGUCGUGCAAGAAUACAGCGCUGGGGGUAGAGGGGAGAGGAUCGUGCUGGGACAUGUCAAGUUGAAUCUUGCGGAGUACUGCGAGAAUUCUGAACUGCAGUCGCCGAUUUCUCCUGAGGCGGAGAAGGGGAUCGUGAGGCGAUAUCUGAUGCAGGAUAGCAAGAUCAACAGCACGCUGAAGAUUGGGAUUCAUAUGCGGCAUAUUGAGGGGACGAGGGAUUAUGUUGCCCCGCAGUUGAGGACUGCGCCGGUCUUUGGGGGUAUUGCGGGAAUUAUUUCUUCUUCGGAGCCGGCUUCUACGCCGCACGGUGUUGGGUCGACGGCUGAUGCUAGUGUUGAUGGGCCUCCCAUACCGGAUUUCAGCACCACGAAUAAAGAGAUGGGCGAGGUACAAGAUCUAUAUCGACAGACAUUAGCUGCAUUUUGGGCUAGUCAGCCUGGCGAGCUGCGGGCGGAUGAAUGCAUUGAAGACAUCUUCUCUGGAGGUGAUGGCUGGGGAAAGAGCGGCAGACCUGUAACGCGUGGCCAUGGUAGCCAGCCUGGCUCGGGGACUUCAACUCCAAACCCAGACGCAGAUGUUCCUUCGAGAGACAGCUCAAUGACCUCCAAGGCGGCCAGUGAAAGAGCAGGACAUAGACGCAACUUCUCCCGGCAAUCUCACAAGAGCCGAGCGAACCGUAAGCUUGCCGGGGAGCUAGAAGAGAUGGAUGUGAGGGAAGAUUUGGUUAGUUGGCAGAUUGGACAGCGAGCGACCGCAUGA